AUGUUUUUCAUCAAGUCCCCAGAUCAAAAAUGCAAAUUAGAAGUAUAUGGCAGACGACACUUCGAUGGCGAAUUUAAAAGCGAGUAUGAAUACAAAGGAGUCAUGGACAUGGAAAAAUGUACUAUUUCGAAUGGGCCGGUUGAGAAGGGUAUUCAGGCGAUCAAGUUGUCAGAGUCUGGCGAUAGAGGGGACGUCUAUUACAUCAGCGCCAAGAAAGCCGAACAAAUCACCAAACUUAAAACUUUCCUAGAAAUUGUAAAAGACAACUUACUGCCAAACGGACACGACAACAACAACCACGACUUCGUCCUCACAACCUUCCAUGAAGCUACCACAUGCACUGUUUGUGGAAAGCUGCUCAGAGGCCUACUUAGCCAGGGAUAUCGGUGCAAAAAAACGCAAAAAAUUGUCCACAAAGAAUGUCUCAGCAAGGCAACUGCACCGGCUAAUACAUUCUGUAAAUCGGCUGCUCCAAAUCAGCGUUCGCCUGCGCCCCAACCACAACCGCCACAGUCGAAAUCGAACCGCCCUAAUGUCGUAGCUGCAGCGCAACCCGUUGAACCACCCAGGAUACGGAGACCUGCUCCCGAUCCCAACAACUAUCGAAACUCCGAUCCUAGAUCUCAUGUCUGGUUUUCUACUGCAAGUAGCAGACAGGAAGCUAACAAAAUAUUGAAAAAUAUGCCUGAUGGAACGUUUUUGGUGAGGUGGUCUGAAGAGCAGAAGAGAUACGUCAUUAGCAUGAAGUGUGAAACUCUCCGGCACAUAAAGAUAAAUGAAACGGAGAGACGCGAGUACAACCUCAAACCCGCCAUCUCUUUCAAGAACGUCCCGGAUUUGAUCGUCUACUACAGAGCGAACAGUCUCCACGAAAUUUUUCCAAAUAUAACUAUGCCUUUGAAGCAAGUCUAUUCCGAAGUGAAGGGGGACUUAGUUAAAAAGAAGCAACUAUGCAGAGCCAUUUACAACUUUUCGGCAAGCGGGGCGGACCAGUUAUCGUUCGAGGAGGGUGACGUCAUCGAGAUCAUUUCCAAGAGAGAGAACUGUGGCUGGUGGAAAGGGAUGCUUAGAGAUAAAGCUAUUUUCCAAAUAAUUACGUCGAAGAGAUGCAAUGAUGAGGACGAUGACAGUAAAGAUGAUGAUGGUGAUAGAGAAGAUGAUCAAGAUGAUGACGAAAAGGAUCAAGAUGAUGAGGAACAGGAUGACGGUGAUGGAGAUGAUGAAGAAAAUGAUGAUGAAGAUGAUGAUGAAGAUGAUGAUGGUGGAGAAGAAGAGGAACAGAAAGUUGGCAAUGGAGUUGCUGAUGAAGAUGGUGAUGGCCAUGAAGAUGAUGAUGAAAAAAAUGGUGGUGAUGAAGUGAUGAUAAUAAUAAUAAGGAUAUAUAUUUUAUUAUACUAA